UGUGUAUUCCGUAUUGAGCGUUAGUCUGUUUCCGUUCGCAACGAACGGGUUGCGUGUUUUACCCGCCGCUCUUCGUUUAUAAUCAUAAUUGUGCAAGUGUGCUUUUUCCAAUAGACGGCGAAGGAAUGCGGUAGCCCAAAUAUUUCCCAGGAGCUCAGAUGUGUCUUUUCUCUCUCAGUAACAGCGUCCUUCAGAAGCGUGCUGUCUGUCGGAGCGCAUUGUUCGAGCCGGAGAAGUGGCGCAGGAGGGCGUACAGUACCUGUGUCGAGGCGCGCGCGCGCCCAGCUCGUUCCGCUCUGGCUCGCGCUCCUUGGCUUCGCGCUGACCGCCGGACGACUUUUCUGCGUUUUUGAGGCGAUUUGUGGCGAGACGCGUUUCAAGUGAAGCGCUUGAGGGAAAGAGAGCUGCUUUUGGCGAAGAAGAGCAAAACGGCAGCAUUUGUGCAUACCGGAGGAGACGGUGUGAUCGACUUCCCGCUCCCUUGAGAGGAGGGGUGAGCGGCGGUCCCGUGGUACUCACCCCUCCUGGUCAGACCGCUGACGCUGAAGAUGUUGACCCGUAGCGCGUGGCUGCCGUUCCUGCUGUUGCUGUGUGCUGUGUCCACUCUGUGGGGUUACCCCUUCAGACCCCCUCUAGACCUGGACGUCACCCCCAGAACUACGGUCCUCUUCAACGGGCUGCUGGGCCUCAGGCGCUUCAGAGGCUCGACACUGAACUACAGUUUAUUGCUGCUGGAGGAGGAGGCCGGCCUGCUGUACGUGGGAGCGAGAGGGGCUUUAUACGCCCUGCAGGCCAGUGACAUCUCCAGCAGUUCUCCACAGACCAUUGACUGGGAGGCAUCGGAUGAUCAGAAGAAACAAUGCUUGAAGAAAGGGAAAGAUAACAAGACGGAGUGCUACAACCACAUACGAUUCCUGCAGAGGUUCAACAGCACACACUUGUACACUUGUGGCACGCACGCCUUCAGCCCUCUGUGUGCUUACAUCGAUGGGAGGGAGUUUAAGAUUUCGUCAGCCUUCGAGGAGGGUCGAGAGAAAUGUCCAUAUGACCCCACCAAAGGCUACACCGGCCUGUUGAUUGAUCAGCAGAUGUACACAGCGUCUCAGUAUGAGUUUCGGAGCUUUCCUGACAUCCGACGCAACUCUCCGAAUCCCACAUUGAGAACAGAAGAGGCUCCGACUCAAUGGUUGCAGGAUGCUGAUUUUGUGGGCUCAACACUGGUGAGGGAGAGUGUGAGUAGCUCAGUGGGAGAUGACGAUAAAAUAUACUUCUUCUUCACUGAGAAGAGUCAAGAGCUCAGUCCAUACUUCAGUCACAGCAGGGUGGCACGGGUCGCCCGUGUGUGUAAGAGAGACAGAGGAGGUCUCCUCACGCUACAGAAGAAGUGGACCUCCUUCCUGAAGGCCCGUCUGGUGUGUUCUUUACCUGACUAUGAGUUUCACUUCAACGUGUUGCGGAGUGUGUUUUUUCUGGAAGGCUCCAGCCCUCAGGACUCUGUAUUUUAUGGCAUAUUUGGACUGGAAUGGAAAAACGUAAAGGCGUCUGCUAUCUGCCAGUACUCUAUUUCGGAUAUCCAAUGGGCCUUUGAGGGGCCUUAUAUGGAGAGCAAAGAGGACUCCAGCUCCAAAUGGACACAGUACACAGGAAAGGUGCCAGAACCACGACCCGGCUCGUGCAUCACAGAUCAACUUAGAGCAAAAGGCAUCAACUCAUCCGCUAACCUGCCAGACGAUGUACUUCACUUUGUUCGUCGCCAUCCACUCAUGUACAGGCAGAUCCUUCCUCAAGAACAGCGCCCCCUGCUGUUUAGGAGAAACGUGGACUACACCAAAAUUGCUGUACAAAGAGUGACUGGUUUAGAUGAUCAGAUAUACCACGUACUCUUCAUUGGGACAGACGAAGGUUGGCUGCAAAGGGCUGUGAAGGUUAAUGGUCAGCUUCACAUCAUUGAGGAGCUGCAGCUGUUUGAGGAACACCAGCCAGUAGAAAGUAUAGUCAUCUCUGAGAAACAGAUGAGUGUGUACGUGGGUUCGCCCACCUCUGUGGUGCAGCUGCCCUUGUCCACAUGCAGCAGAUACUCCUCGUGCUUUGAAUGUGUGAUGGCACGUGAUCCCUUCUGCGCCUGGGAUGGACUGGAGUGUGUGGAGAUUACAUCACACAACAGAAGGGCCAAUCUGACACAGGACAUUCUGAAUGGAAACCAAGGCUGUGAUGAAUCUACAGCAGAUGACCAAGUGUUACACCGCUCUCGCUCUGUGAUGGCGGGUGAUGACGUGCUACUACAGUGUGAGCUCAGCUCCAAUCUGGCAACCCCUAAGUGGAUGCUGAAUGGAAAGAAACCUCUGCAGGGUUACGGGCUGGACUCCGGUUACCGGAUCGGCACUGACGGCCUCCUGGUCAUCGAGGCUCGACCUUAUCAGAGCGGCGACUACUACUGUUUUGCCCUGGAGAAUGGUGUCCAUGUUCCUGUGGUGAUCUACAGCUUGACAGUCCGCCAAGAGCUUCCCGCACCUCCUCCCGUGGAGCCGACGAGGCCACGUUUGACCACAGCGAUCUACUGGACCAUUCAAACUUCCGCAAGUGACCCCCCGGAGGACUUCUAUCCGACCCCAAUGUCUCCUCGCUUCGAGUUCCUGUCCGUGAGGAACAUGGAGGCCAUGUACCUGUCCCUAAUCACUAUCCUAGGAGGCCUGUGUUUUGUUCUAACAGUUGUCCUGCUUUACGUGGGAUUCUGUUUGCAGGGUCGGAGGGGUAAAUACUCAUUACGGGCUGCAGCUCGCGCCGAAAGAAAGCGAGGUGCCCACAUGGAGCUGAAGACCAUCUCCAGCCAUUGCAAUGGGAAACCGGACGCUCACGACGGCCUGCUGCAGAUCGUCCCCGGAGAAGCAACUACGUCACCCAACAAAGACCUUCCUCCUGCUCCACCUCUCCCACCGCCUCCAGAAUCAGAGUACGUCAAUGGACUCUCUGCCACUUUACCCAGCGUCUUACGCAAGAUGAAUGGCAACAGCUAUGUGUUGCUGAGACAGACAGAUGGAGACACCACGUCUCCGCUUUAUUACUCCUUCACAGAGGAGCUCAACAGGAUCCUGGAGAAGAGGAAGCACACGCAGCUGUGUAGUAAACCUGAUGAGAGCUCGGUGUGAAAUCGAGAUGUGUUCUCGACUCUUGUCGUCUAACAUCCCUUCUUCACUCAGACUAACUUUAACUGGAUGAUAAUGAGUGCUUUUAUUGGAAGAUAAACAAAGCAUUGGUAUUUCUCUAAAAGAAGCAAACUCCUUAUCCGUUUGAAUUUCAAAUGUCAAACUUGUGACUUUUAACAGACUGGGGAAAGCCCGCUGGUCACAAAUUACAAGGAAAGGACCCAAACAAUGGAAAUUCUACCUCAGCACAGCUUUUGGCUUAUUUUAGAAUGCUUGCGUUAAAAUUGGGUUGGAGUUGGGGAUGUAUAGUCGGGCACACACAACAAGAGAACCAAUCUGGGGGAAUCAAGUAAGUGAUUCAGUUACAAACUAGUUGGAAAAAACUUUUACAAGGCAGCGUUGUAAAAAAAAAAAAAAAAAAAAAAAAAAAGCAACAAGAUGAACUCAAAUGGAGGUACUGCACCAGAAUGGAGCGAAUCAGAUGAAAACUCUAGUGCCAUCGAGCACUGAAUGUCUUUGAUAUGUCCUUUAUUUUAAUAUUUUCUAAUUUAUGCCAACACUGACCUUUUCAGUAACAGCUUGUAAUAAUAAGCAUAAUUAAAAAGAGCAGGGAUAACAGACUUUAAAAACAAUUAGAAAUGCACUUAAUGGUACUAAUAGUGUAAAUAUAGCAUUUAUUGAUAGUUUCACAAGAGUGGGAACCUAGGAAGAUGACAGUAUUAACCACUGAGAUGCACUUUAUAGACCGGUAGCAUUUGUUUUGCGUGAGGUGCUGCUUAUUGUGACAGAUUUGGAGAAGACGGAAUGGAUUACAAGGACAGGACCGCUGCGGAAGAUGAGAAAGCGACAACAUGAUUUGACUCUGAAUGCGAGAGGGAAGACUGUGCACGGUAUCUGAGCAAUGGACCCCUAAAUAUGUCUGGAUUGGUUUGACUUGAGAUCUGUUACGUAUCAGAUCUGUAUGUCUCUUGUAGUAUAAAUCCACAUGCACAUGAACUGACAUGAUUCCUUGUCGGAAUCCUUCAUCGGAAUUCCGGAGUCAUUGGCUGCUAGGUCUCCAUGGCAACCACAGAGCAGAGGUAAAGCUGAUGCUGACCUUUUUAGAUUAUCCUUUUGACAUGACCAAUUAUUACAGCACCUCUUACAGUCAGGUCUCGCAGUCUUAACGGGGAUUAGCGAAUUAGCGCAGCGUCGUGAAAUUAGGCUUCUGCUGCCAGUAAAUAAACUAAAUUCAGUUCUAGUCAGGACAUGAUGAACACUGAGUAUUGUAACAUGGCGAUAUUGGGGGGGGGGUUAAUUAUCCCUUACACUUCCUGUAAGUCCAUUAAACUGUUGUGUAAAUGUUCGUCUUGGAACUCCUCCAGCUGCUCUGACUGCCCACAUUUGCGUGCAAGAGCAUUUUGGCGUAUCUCCCACUAUUUAAGGGGAACGAAGCACCUGGUUCUGUCUGUUUAGAUCAGAAUAUGCAGAUUGCAGUGGAGCCGAGUGGAGAACAUUAAGGCCACAUGUUCAGAACAGAGCUAAGAUGAGCACUGCUGAUAGUGCAUUUCGCUCUCUCUCUCUCUCUCUCUCUCUCUCUCUCUCUCUCUCUCUCUCUCUCUCUCUCUCUCUCUAUGCUUUGUGUUCAGAUGUAUUGUUUUUGUCUUGUUAAGUGGAGUUGGACUUUAAAUUUAUCCUCAUGUCAUUAAAAACCUGCAUCGUAUUUUUACACAAAAGAAGAUAUUUUGAAAGUAUCUUUCCGUGGCUCUUUCUAUAGAGUGAAAACUUUGUUAUGACCAAAAAGGAUAAAAAAAUAUAUAUAUAUAUAUAUAUAUAUAUAUAUAUAUAUAUUUCUCAGGAUAUUUGUCUUGUUUUCCAGUAGAUAUAUGUAAACGUUAUUAAAUUAAGGUAGAUUUAUAGUUGGAUAUUAAAUUAAGCUUAAAUCUAAAAAAAAAAAGUUUUUCAUUUGAAUUAGGAUUUGUUUUCUUACCCUGUUGACAGAUGCUUUUUUUGUUUAAAGCAUAUAAUUUCAUUAAGUUGUCUUCUUUUCUAAAAGAAAGUAUGUUGUUGUGCUUCUGUAAAAGUAAAUGUAUCUUGAUUUAAAACUGUUCUGAUAUUUCUAUUGGAAAACAAGAUGAAAAUACUAGGUAAGAAAAUUAUUUUUGCAGUGUAGAAAUACAACAAGCCAGAUUCAAAAUGCGUUGCCUUUGACUCAAAAACAUUACGGGAGCAGACCUUUUAUAAUGAAUAUAGCAAACGCAUUUUAUUGUACCUUUGUCAUUUUUUGAGCUUGACAGAUUGUUUCCUCCAUUUUUUUUCUCCAUCAUCGCUCUGAAUCCCCCAACGCCACCUUUUUUGUUUGCAUUUGACAAAUGGCUUUCAUGUCCGUGCAUACACCUCCAUCAUGGUGUCUAAUGAGAGCAGAAUAGAUCUGCAUACGCAUCUGACCUCCACUUUCCCAGAGGGUCACAAUCUGUGAUUAGAUGCUUGUCCUCAUGCAGCUCAUAUGGUCUGUUCCUGCAAUGUUUACAUCCCUUGAGUCUUAUAUUCCUAUGAGAGAGGUGCUCCUGCGGAUUCUUCUAACAUGCCAGGACAGGUUUGUGGAUGAGAAAUAUUUCAUCUGCUGCCCGCAUUCAAAGUGAAUUUAAAGUGCACUACAGAGAACGAGAUUGACAGAGAAAGAUCAAAAGAGAGUCUGGAGAAUGUAUUGAAAUAGAUUAGAAAAUGGUCAUUAAGCCUUUUAGUCUCAUUUAGAGCAACUACAGAGCCCUCAGCAGAGCCGUAUCUGAUCCCAGAUUCAAAAAUGGCAUGUUAAUGUUGCUAAAAUGCCAUUGGUCCUCUUGGGUGAAGUAGCUGAACACGAUGCUCUACUUUUGGACUUAAUGUACCACAUAAAGAGUCAUAUCGACCACUUUAAUGAUGGUUUUUUAAUGUUGUGUACUGGCAAGAGCUACAUAAUGAUUUCAGUUUUAGGAAAUAUUUGCAGCAUACAGGUUUGGAAUGACAUGAGGGAGAGAAAAUAAUGAAAGAAUAAAGAAAGAUGAAAAUACCCAUUUCUAUGUAAACCAACAAGUCACAGAACAGUUUGGCUCAGACAUUUUUAGUACAUUUUUAUUGACAUAGAGCACAGUCCCAAAAACUGAACAAUGUUGAACAAGACAACAAUAAAAUAGGACAUUUUCAGACAUUUCAGUCCUUACACAAAAAUAGAUCUUUGUGGCAUUAUCUAUAAAGCAUAGAGGUUUAUUGGAGAAUUGUUAUUGAUGUGUGUGUGUGUGUGUGAUUUGUUGUUUCACUAUUAAGCCAUUCACCUUUUUCAAUAUAACACUUAAUGAAAAAUUAAAGAGGUUUAUGCCCCGCAUAGAUGACCAGAAGAGACAUAUUCGGUUGAAUGAGUCCCUUCAGCCAUGCAUACUUUAUUCUAGUAUACAACGCAACUGAAAAACGUGUCAGUGGAAAUAUUUAUUUUAUAGCUUUGUACAGUUUUGUGUAUAUUUAUUUUCGUAAUGUUUCAAACUGGGAUUUUCUAAAUUGUGGUCGGUUAGUGGUGCAUGAAUAUGCAUUUCUGAGAAGAUUAUUUACAAUUUUUGAAAACGGAGAACCAUAUAAUGGCUUUUAAAACGUAAUAUAAACGUGAUGCUUAUAAUAACAGAAAUGAAAAUAAACCCAAAUAAUUCUAAUAAAGCAUGCGUUGAUUCCAUUUCCCUUAUUACAGCAGGUUGUAUAUGUGGAAACGCGUUCCUACUAAGAUGGUGUGCUUCCUAUUUCUCGUCUUGCGUUCAGAAAAUACUGUUAACCCUCCUGCAGAGCCAGCCACGUCUCAGAGUCACUUCAGUGCACAGUUGUAUGCCUCUUCAGUCGUGGGUAGGAUUGUGUGGGCUGCCUCUGGAACUGCAUUUAAUGAAGCUGGUUAGACCUGUGCUUGUCACCAUGGUGAAAAAGACCAUAGAAUUAUCAAUUCGCUUCAUGUUUAUUUCUCCGCCGCUCUCUACAUUCAAGAAACAUUCUCUACUGUCUUGCCCCGUGUGCGUUUAAACAGCCCAAGGUAUGCAUUUGAUGUGUACGUCUCUUCUUUUGUCCAAGGGUAAAGUGUUUAAUUAACACAGUAAUACUACAGGGAGGAGGCUGAGAAGUGUGAAUUCAUUACGUUCAACUUGUAAGUCUGUUUACAUUUUACCUUUUAAUAAACAGUAUUGAUGCUUC